CGUAUCGCUACAUUAAGUCUCUCGCUACCUUGCAAUGGCUCGUACCAAGCAAACUGCUCGUAAGUCGACUGGUGGAAAGGCUCCACGCAAACAACUGGCUACCAAAGCCGCUCGUAAGAGUGCGCCAGCCACCGGAGGAGUCAAGAAACCUCAUCGUUACCGUCCCGGCACAGUAGCUCUCCGUGAAAUUCGUCGCUACCAGAAGAGCACGGAACUUCUCAUCCGUAAACUUCCAUUCCAACGUCUGGUUCGUGAAAUCGCCCAAGAUUUCAAGACUGACCUCCGAUUCCAGAGCUCAGCUGUGAUGGCUCUCCAGGAAGCCAGCGAAGCCUACUUAGUUGGUCUCUUCGAAGACACCAACCUCUGCGCCAUCCACGCCAAGCGUGUCACCAUCAUGCCAAAGGACAUCCAAUUGGCUCGUCGUAUUCGAGGAGAACGUGCUUAAGUUAUCUCAACAUCCAAAACUUACAAACCAAACGGCCCUUUUCAGGGCCAUCAAAUUUUUCAAAUUAAGAAAAUUUAACUCGUUUCUGAUUUAUAUUGCUAAUUACAAUUUAGAAUUUAAUUACUAUAUUUAACCUAAUUUCCCAAAAAUAUGAUACACGUUUUUUUUCAAUUGAACACUCCAUAAUUGUACCAGUGCAAUUGUUUCAAGAGCUCAGGUAACUUAAUUGUUAUACUCCCCCUUAUCCCGUAUUCUCAAUGACAUUGAAAAUUACUUGACCAAAGGAAUCAGAAUCCACGGCUAACUGUUGUAGGAAACAUUCCUUAUUAAUUAUUAAUAAUUAUUUUUAUAGAUUAGUCUACUGAAAAAUUUUAUUAGUCUCAAUACUCUAGUACUUGAACGACAUAAACAUGAAUUUGAAUUUCAGAAUUGUUAUUUAUUUAUCAUUCCAGGUGUAACAUGUACAUUUGACAGGUUUCGUGUUUCUCAAAUUUUAUGAGCCUGUUUCAUCACUAACUUCACCAAAUUCGUUAUUAUCCGGGUAAAAAAUAACUAUAUAUAGAAAAUGGCUCAUAAUCAAUUAUAUGAAAUAAUGAAUAAAUACCUAUGACGGUUUUUCGUGCAUAAUUAUGUAAAUAACAUAUGUUUGCACGUAAUUUAAUAAAAUCAUGAAAAAUAGAAAUACGGUAUACAAUAGAUGAAUUAAUAAAGGCAGCGAGCUAUGAACCAUAUAAUUAUAUGCUUAAUUAUGAACAAUGUAUUUAAUAACAAAUUUCGAAUAUAAAAAUUUGUUGUAAAAUACCUGUGGGCAAAAUAGAACAUUACUAUGGGAUGGUUGGUCUUGAAGUUAAAGGUUCCACUAACUUCUUAAUAAAAUUGCAAUAUUUAAAGAACUAUAAGGUAAAAGACCUACCCGAUCACGUAUUUGGACAUCUAUAUUUACUAAAUAUUUAUGUAUGGGGCAUUCCAUGCCAAAUCGAUCACUUUUGACACCGACCCUUUUCGAUUGUUCUGAAAUUUAUGUAUCUUUCUCUGCAGUAUUGGAAACAAUUUUCAGAAUUUUUUCAAA